AUGUCAGCCCACUUUGAAUGUGAGAUGAGUCGCGAAAAACGAACUAUCAGAGUCGUUGAUGUGCGUGCAGAAAUCAAUCUUGUCUUGCCCAGUUAUCCUCCUUUUCCCCUUCAUCAUCAUCUUCUUCUUCGCCAUCUUCUUCACCAGUGA